AUUUGACAUAUUUGAUAGGACGUUGAGAUCAUGUGACGUUGCCAUGGAUAUAAGGAGUCAGUUACGGGAUAGUAGUUGCACACCUCAUACUGGGGGAAUGUGCCAGACUGUCUGCAGACACAUAAGAACAUCUACCCCAUCCUGACCGACACGGAAAAGCUCAAGCUCAAGGACUUUCAAAAUGCCAAAGAAAAGCGAUACAGCGAAAUUAACAGAAGUGGGAAUAGAGAUUGAUGGGAUAGAGAGUGCUGAGGACGACAAAAAAGGCAAAAACAAAGGCAAAAACAAUAAAGCAGCUGCAGGCAAAAAGAGCAAAGGUGCCACCAGCGAGGACGGUGGAGAUGAAGACGAAGAGACCGAACGGCCUAAAGGUCGCAAGUCGGCCAACAGAAAGAAAGCAGCUCCGAGAGUGGCCUCGGAGGACGACAGCGAUUACGACAUUCCUCCGAAGAGAUGCGCAGGAAACCGGAAGAGAGGAAAGCCAGCAGCAUCCAAAAACAAGAGAGGCAAAAGUUCCAAGAAGAAGAGCAGUAGGUAUGGUGGUUUAGAAACAACAGAAACCAUUAAACAGUUCAUUCUUUGCUCAUCACUCCUUCUUUCUUCUUCCCUCCCACCCCUGCGCGUCCCCACUAUCUCCAGUGAGGACUCUAAGUCAGAGGGGGGGGAAGAGGAGGAGGAGUCCAUGUCAGAGGGGGAGAGGGCUCGUCUAAUGGAAGAGGUGGAGGAAAAGAAGAAGCUGAUCGCUAACAUUAGGAGCAAGCCUUGGAGGAUGAAGAGGAGGCUCAAACACCUCAAGGAAGCGCAGAUGUUUGUGGAUAAGUUUGAAGGAGCUUUGGGCAAAGGGAAAGGCAAGAAACUGUACGCCUUUAAAGUCAUGAUGACGAAGAAAUGGAUCAAGUUUCAGCGAGAUUUUGAUAAUUUUAAGACAGCCUGCAUACCGUGGGAACGGAAAAUCAAAGAGGUCGAAAGUCACUUCGGUUCUUCAGUCGCCUCCUACUUCAUCUUCCUCCGUUGGAUGUAUGGCAUGAACCUUGUUCUCUUCAGUUUGACCUUUGGCCUGAUUGUGAUCCCUGAGGUUCUCAUGGGUCUCCCUUAUGGUUCUAUUCCUCGGAAAACAGUGCCACGGGAGGAACAGGCCAAUGCGAUGGACUACGCCGUUCUCACAGAUUUUAGCGGUUACUGCAAAUACUCUGUGUUAUUCUAUGGCUACUAUAAUGACCAGAGAACCAUUGGCUUCCUGAAGUUUCGACUCCCUCUGUCCUACCUCAUGGUGGGCAUUGGGAACUUCGGGUAUAGCCUGAUAGUUGUGAUCCGAACGAUGGCUAAAAACGCAGAUGUAGGGGGUGGGGACAGCGAGGACAACGAGUUCACCUUCGCCUGGAAGAUGUUCACCAGCUGGGAUUACCUCAUCGGCAACGCAGAGACGGCCGACAACAAGUUCGCCUCCAUCACCACCAGCUUUAAGGAGUCCAUCGUAGAUGAGCAGGAAAACCAGAAGGAUGAGAACAUCCACCUGAGGAGAUUCCUUCGUGUAUUGGCCAACUUCCUCAUUAUCUGCAUCCUGGGAGGCAGCGGAUAUCUCAUCUACUUUGUGGUCAAGCGCUCGCAAGAGUUUCAAGGCAGGGAUGACCUGAGCUGGUAUGAGAAAAAUGAGUUGGAGAUCAUAAUGUCUCUCCUCGGAUUGGUGGGCCCGAUGCUGUUUGAGACAAUCGCUGAGCUGGAGGACUAUCACCCCCGCAUUGCCCUCAAGUGGCAACUAGGACGCAUCUUCGCCCUUUUCCUGGGUAACCUGUACACCUUCCUCCUGGCUCUUUUUGAUGAGGUCAACGAAAAGCUGGUGGAGGAACAAUCCAUAAGGAACGCCAGCGUGUGGUACAUGAAGGAAUAUUACGCCAACUUCACUGCUAAUAACCCAAACGGGACAGGCACGCCUCCGCCUCUCGACCCUUCUGAUGUGAUCCGGGGCCCGUGCUGGGAGACAACAGUGGGGAUAGAAUUUGUAAAACUGACUGUCUCAGAUAUCCAAGUGACGUAUCUGACGAUCCUCAUCGGGGACUUUGUGAGGGCUCUGAUUGUGCGCUUCCUUAACUACUGCUGGUGCUGGGAUUUGGAGGCAGGUUGGCCCUCCUACGCUGAGUUUGACAUCAGUGGCAAUGUCCUCGGAUUGGUCUUCAAUCAAGGGAUGAUUUGGAUGGGAGCGUUCUACGCUCCAGGUCUGGUCGGCAUCAACGUCCUCCGUCUCCUGACCUCUAUGUACUACCAGUGCUGGGCCGUCAUGGCCUCCAAUGUGCCUCAUGAGCGAGUCUUCAAGGCCUCAAAAUCCAACAACUUCUACAUGGGACUCCUUCUUCUCAUCCUCUUCCUCAGUCUGCUGCCUGUCGUCUACACCAUCAUGUCCCUGCCACCGUCCUUUGACUGCGGACCCUUUAGUGGCAAAGACCGGAUGUUUGACGUGGUGAUUGAGACGAUAGAAAAGGAUCUUCCUUCGUUUAUGGGGAAGCUGUUCGGUUACGUGGCCAACCCCGGCCUCAUCAUCCCUGCUGUUUUGCUCAUGGUUCUGGCAAUUUAUUAUCUCAACUCAGUGUCUGAAGCCUAUAAGAACGCCAACAACGAGCUAAAAAAGAAAAUGCAGAUGGCAAGAGAUGAGGAAAAGAACAGGAGGAAUAACACAGACAGCACCAAUCAAGUGAUGAAGGAUUUAGAGGAUUUACUACCCAAUCGGCCGAAUGCGCCUCAUUCAGACAAACACGCAGACAAGCCUGGUGGAGGAAAACCAGCAAAAGUGAAGCCGGGAUCAGCUGCAAAUGGUGUGAACCUGCAGAAAGACUUAUCGCUGGCAUCAGCUAAUCCUAACUCCCGAGGGCCUGUGAACCGAGCACCAGGCCCCAGGACAGCGGGGCCUCUGCCUGGGCACCCGGGGCCAGCUCCAGGGGCAGGACAUCGCAGGGGACAAUAGCACUAAACACUAUCACUAGCCACUGGCAGUAGACAUACAGACUACCUCCUAAAUAUACUAUAACUUUCUUUCUUAUCAUUAUUCCUUACUUCUUACAUAUGCAUAGCGACUCUGUUAUGUUUUAAACACAUGAAUAUGGUUUAAACGCUGCAUACUGCAUUGGGAAUAUGUUUAUCUUUAUUGUGCAAAAGCUUUAGUGCGUAUCUCACACAAUCAGGCCAUUCAGAGUGAUAGAAUUUAAAUCUUAAGUGGAAUUUAAAGUGGCGAUAUGUAACUUUUAAUCAUUACUCAUUGUUAUAACUUGCAUUGCUGACAGUGGAGGUGGAUUUGUCAGGUUUUGUGACAUCAGGUAUCUCAUUACUAAUACGUCAUGUAUCACGAUUCCACUGGUUUUGGCACAAAUAAACCGUCUGAUUUAAAUAAUAGUGUUAAAAUGGCUAGAGGUUGCCAUAUCUGGCUUGCAUGUCUUCCUAGAAAAUUCGGCUUGUUAAACUUUAGUGUUUUUCCCAGAUGCAUACAUAAGCUGUAUAUUUUUAAUUCUGAAUAUAUUUAUAAGCUAUACUGAGUGUGUCUAAGAUUAUUAUUAUUAUUAUUAUUAUUAUUAUUAUUAUUAUUAUUAUUAUUAUUAUUAUGUAGUGCAUUAAGUAGUAUUCUAGUAACUGCGUGUGAAAUAAUAAGUAGUGGAGCACAACAGUGAGUUGCUUUCCUUUUUUUUUUUUAAAUAAUUGUUCUUUAAUUAUAAAAAUGCAGUAUAUGUUGUAUUAUGAGAUCAUUUUAGACCUUGAUGGAAGUACAGUUAAUAAAUAAAUAAAUACAUAAACAAACAAACAAACAAACAAAUAAAAUGGAUUUAAUUUAGGUGUACUAUGCUACUUUGUAAAUGUUGCUGCAUAAUUAUCGAAUGUAUUUAGUGUUUUGUCAUUUAAAACAAAGUCUGAGAUGCUUUGACUGGUUUUGGGAUGAUUUUAUUGAGUGUUGUUGUAAAGUUGUGGCUAUUGGGAAUUUUUUGGUUGCACAUACUUGGCAACCCUAACAUUGGCGGUCAUAUUGGGGGGGGGGGGUUAGCUAGAAAAUCAUGACGAUAACUUGGAUUAUAAAGCACAGCAAGGAUUUCAAUAGUGAUGUGAUUAAUUUAGUGAAAAUUUGAUCAAAUAUGGGAAUCAUACUCAGCUAUUUAGUGGCUUGCAAUACACUAUUUUUCCACUAGAUGUCUCUAUAAUAUAUACAUUUGUCUUUAAGUUG